GGCGGCGGAGCUCUGGGAAGCCGCGGGCACAGGGACUCCGUCCCAGCCUGGUGCUGGGGGUCCCUGUCCCCAUCCCGGGGGGUGCCCGCAUCGGGGUGCCCGGCCCCGGCAUGUCCUUGCUGGGGUUUCCUCCCGGUUUCCUCCACCAGCAGUGAGGCUGCAGUUUCCUCACUGCUUCCUCUUCCCCGUGCCCACCGUGGGGUGGCAGGAAUGGGGGGGACAGGGACCGGGACUCUGUGCCGUGCCAUGCCGUGCCGUGCCGUGCCAGGCUGCGGCUGCCUACGUGCCAGCAGGCUGGACAUGCAACCUGCACUGGGCCGGUGCCCAAAGCCAGAGGGAAGUGGGACGGGAGAAGUGGAAAGAGGAACGUGGUGGCACGCAGGGACAAGGCAAGGGGACAGCCCUGUCCCCCGGUAUCACCUCUGCCAUCUGGUCUGUGCCCACGUUUGGUGUUCCCGGAAAGCGUCAGGCACGGUGCUGCUCCUGACACUGGGGGAAGGGAUCAGGACAGCCCCAGAGAAUUCCCAUGUUGGGAGGGAUCAAAUGGGGCACAGAGGGGCUGAGCCCUUCCCCAGCUGCCACCAGCCUGCAGUCAAGGAGCCAAUGGGGGACGCGUGGCUGCCUGGUGCCAUCCGGAGCUGCCCAGGACCCCGCUGCUCCCCACGGGAUGCCCAGUGAGGAGCACGGGCAGGGAUGCUGCGAGGUGGGAGCUGAUCCCCAUCCCCAGUGCCUGUGCCCUGACCCCGCUGUGUCCCACAGGGUCCCUGGAUGCCACGGUGCAGGAUGGGCACCACGGCCGUGCUGCUGGCCCUGCUCCCCACGGCCACCGCACAGCCCACGCCACCCCCGGGCUGCGGCCACGACCUCUCCUCCCUCUACUACAACCUCUGUGACCUCUCGGCGGGCUGGGGCAUCGGGGUGGAAGCGGUGGCCAGCCUCGGCGUGGUGACCACCUUCGUGCUCACCAUCGUCCUGGUGGCCAGCCUGCCCUUCGUGCAGGACCACCAGAAGAAAAGCCUGGUGGCCACGCAGGUCUUCUUCCUCCUGGGCACCUUCGGGCUCUUCUGCCUGACCUUUGACUUCAUCGUGGGGCCAGAUUUCUCCACCUGCACCUCCCGCCGCUUCCUCUUCGGCGUCCUCUUCGCCAUCUGCUUCUCCUGUCUGCUGGCGCACGCCGUGGCCCUCAACUUCCUGGCACGGCGCAACCGGGCCCCGCGGGGCUGGGUGACGCUGGCGGUGGCCCUGUCCCUCGCCUCGGUCGAGGUCAUCAUCAACGCCGAGUGGCUCAUCAUCACGGUGGCGCGGCGCGAGGGCGGCCCCGCGGACCCUUGCCAGCUGGGGGACACCGACUUCGUCAUGGCCCUCAUCUACGUCAUGGCCCUGCUGGUGGCCGCCUUCGGCACGGCCUGGCCGACCCUCUGCGGCCGCUACGGCCGCUGGCGCAAGCACGGCGCCUUCAUCCUGGCCACCACCGGCCUCUCCGUGGCCAUCUGGCUGGCGUGGACCAUCAUGUACCUGUAUGGGAACCGGCGUGCCGGCCACAAGCCCGGCUGGGAUGACCCCACGCUGGCCAUCGCGCUGGUCUGCAACGCCACCGCCUUCCUCCUCCUCUAUGUCAUCCCCGAGGUGACGCACGUGACGCGGCGCGGCCCCGAGCAGGCCUUUGAGGACGACGGCUACCCCACGCGUGGGGUGGGCUACGAGACCAUCCUCAAGGAGCAGAAGUCGCAGAGUAUGUUCGUGGAGAACAAAGCCUUCUCCAUGGAUGAGCCGUCCUUUGCCAAGAAGCCGGUGUCCCCAUACAGUGGCUACAACGGGCAGCUGCUGACCAGCGUCUACCAGCCCACCGAGAUGGCUCUGAUGCACAAGGGGACGAGCGAAGGUCCUUAUGACGUGAUCCUGCCCCGCGCCUCCACCAGCCCCAUGCCCGGCAGCGCCAGCUCCACGCUCCGAGCCGAGGACGCCUUCGCGGCGCAGUCCCGGCAUUCCAGCAUCCCCAGGGACACCCGGAGCUGCCAGGUGCAGUCCCCG